AUGAGCUGCAUGCCUGAUCGUUGCUCUGUCUCCGGGAACGCACUAGAACUUGCUGUUCUAGCCGCCGAAUUUGGCAGGGCAGGGCCGCCAUUUUCGGGUGUCUCGACAUGCAGCCACACAUACAUAAGAUGGCGCCGCCCGCGCUUCCCGUCGUUCCCGCAUCGUCGGCCAUUGUCUUUAGAGUCAGCGGUAUUGCCUUCUACACUCAACGCCAUCGCCAUGCCAGCACGUCGCCCGCCGCAGCCGCUCACCGAAGACCGGCAUUACAAUGCGCAUUUCGUUCAGCGCUUUACGCAACAAGAAGCUGGGAAGCGGAUAGCGAAACGGCCAGCAGCUUAUACAGCCGAACAGCGUGCAGCUCUCCGCAAGCAGCUAGAGGACACAAAGUUCCUUAUACCCGACUAUGCCGACAAAACUAAGAUCAACAUCGCUGGUUUGUUACGAAAAUGGAAGAGAUAUUGCGAGUUCGCUAAGCUAUCAGGAACCUGGCGAGAGGUGAUGCAGAAAGCAAACCGAGCGAUGGCGAUGGAUUUUCUCGAAUAUCUGUGUCAAACAUGCCGGAUCGUAUCGUGGAGCGCGUCGUGGCAGUAUUUCCGCCAGUACAAGCAGCUGUAUGCCAGUGUCACGGGCCGCUAUAUGGAUACGAACGAUAGUAAAGAAGUUAAAAAGUGGCACGAUACGGUUCUGGUCCCGAGGUACCGCCUACAAGCACCAUGCACCCGUGGAAAAGACGUUGCCAACGCGGACACCUUGCUAGUCAUGCAGACGUUCAAUAUCAAGUACGACACCGGCAUCUUCUCUUGGGAGAGGCACCGUAUCCAGCUCUUGGGGUGCUACCUCGGCCUUGCCUUUACGGGGGCCCGGCCGGCCGAGUUUGUAGAUGGCGAAAGAAAGAGCGGCAAGGAUGGGUCUCUCGAGGAGCUCUUCCCCGGGCAAGCUACUGGGAGUGUCCCUAGCGACGAAGACAAGGCGCCCGAUGAGCAUUCUAGGUUGCUGGAAGAGAUAAUGUUGCAAGAGUACAAGAGACGUGGACGCCCAAAGGCGCUAUGUUACGAGGACAUUCAGCUGAUGGUCGUACGCCACCCGGAAACUGGCGAGGACGCCCUGGCUAUGGCCAUCAGGCUUGCGCACCAUAAAGGCGCGGACAACAAGCCGAAGCCGACCAUCUUCUUCUUCACACCCACUCGGAGGUUGAUCUUCUGUUUUAUAACGGUCAUCGUCAGCCUUGCGGUCCACGACCGCGCUUUUGCUGCGUCGAAGUUCACCAGCGUUAGAGAAGUCUUUCAGUAUAAGAACAGGGGACCAGUCAAGUGUACUCCCAUUCGGUGGAAGGAGGAAUGGCUCAAACGGCCUAUUUUCCGUCGACUUGGCGACUCCGAGUAUCAACCUCUUCCAUACCAGAAGCUGUUAGACGAUAUGACGCGGCAAUCCCUCGACGCGGGAGAGGAAAGAGCGAUCGAACCAAAGGCCUGGCGUAGGGGAGCAGCCAACGCGGCAAACGGCAGCCAGUCCCGGAUCAAAGGUGCAGAAAACGAGGACCGGAUUCGAGAACUUACCAGGUUGAUCGCAAGUAAGGAGGCGCAGCGGAAGAAAAAUAUCCGGCGAGCUUACCGAGAAGAUUACUUCUACAAUCGUCCUACCUGGGACAUCGAGGCCGACGAGGGCGAGGAAGAGUAUACUGAGCCGGCUGUCGACUUACAGAUACCUGAGCGCGCCAAGCUCGCCGAAAUCCUCUGCAACCAGCCAGACAACUUAAGCUCCGCAGAGCUGCUCGAACUCCGCAUCCAGGCUGCUGAGCUCAUGGUCUCGUUGUGCGAUAAGCGAGAGACCAGAAAGAGGGACUGCGUCCGGCAGAGGGCACGGACCGAUGUUGUAGUGAAGGAGGAGUCUCCCGGGCUUGAUUCCUUUCCACUGCUAAUGGACAAGAAGCAAUGCCCACUCUGUAUCGGAGAUGAAACUCUGUCUUAUGAGGAAAGGACGUUCAAGUACUGCCGGCCGGCGGUGAUGUGCGACCAUUUCGAUAGGAAGCAUGUGCAGCAGCUAGGUGGCGUGAAGCAGAUGUCGUGCUACCACCCUAAGUGCAAGCAGGAGGCGUUGGAGUUCAAGCACUUGAACCACUUCAAGAACCACGUAGAGAGGGUCCACGGUAUUAGAUUACGGGCGUGA